AUGGCCACCGAGUACAAGACCCGUGCUGGCCAGCCUUUCGACCGAGCGGCUUUCGAAUCACUCCUUCGACGCAAAGUAUUCCUAUGGCAAUCAUUCGAGCCCUAUGGUGCCGUUAAAGGCCUGUUCGACUAUGGCCCUCCGCUCGAAAAUUUAGAGGCUGAGGUAAUUAACAUCUGGCGCGAUCACUUCAUCCGCCACGAGAAGAUGAUGGCGCUCAAAUGCUCCAUGCUCACGCCCUACGAAGUUCUCAAGACGUCUGGUCAUGUGGAUAAGUUUGCCGAUUUCAUGUGCAAGGACCCGAAGACUGGGGAGAUUUUACGAUCGGAUCAUUUGAUCAAGGAUGUUAUCGAGAGUAGACUUACUUCUGAUCGAGAAGCGAGAGGUGAGAAGAUUGAGGAAACUGAGGAAGAUCCUAAGUUGAAGAAGAAGAAAGCUAAGGCUGCGAAAGCGGCGGUCAGGCUCGACGAGGCGACGAAGAAGGAGUAUGAGCACUUACUCGCCACCCUCGACGAUCAGACGGGUGACGAUAUGGGUGCCUUGAUCAGGAAGCAUGAUAUCCGCAACCCAACUUCCGGCAAUGAAGUCGAGCCGCCUGUAUCCGUGAACCUCAUGUUCCAAACCCAGAUCGGUGCUACUGGCAAAGAACCUGCAUUCCUCCGCCCGGAAACAGCACAAGGCCAAUUCCUUUCCUUCCAGAAACUCCUGGAGUUCAGCGACGGCCAACUCCCCAUGGCCUCGGCCAGUAUCGGCUACUCCUUCCGCAACGAACUCUCGCCUCGCUCCGGUCUACUACGUGUAAGGGAGUUCCUAAUGGCAGAAGUCGAGCACUUCGUCGACCCACAAAGCGGUAAGCGCCACCCCAAAUUCGCCUCUGUCCGCGAUACAAAACUCCCUCUCCUCGACCGCAAGACCCAGAACGAAGGCGGCUCAACCCCGCAGAUCAAAACUAUUGGUGAGGCAGUAGACUCGAAACUCGUCGACAAUGAAACGCUCGGCUACUUCCUCGUGCGCAUCAUGCUCUUCAUGGAGAAAAUCGGCAUCGAUCCUGCCAAGCUGCGUUUCCGCCAGCACAUGGCGAAUGAAAUGGCGCAUUAUGCCGCUGAUUGCUGGGACUGCGAAUUGCUGAGUUCGUACGGCUGGAUCGAGUGUGUUGGGUGUGCGGACCGCAGCGCGUAUGAUUUGAGCGUGCAUGAGAAGGCUACGGGGACGUUUUUGAAGGUGAGGGAGCCGUUGAAGGAGCCGGUGAGGGUGGAGGAGUGGGUGGCGAAUUUGGAUAAGAAGAAAUCUGGGCCGCGGCUGAAGAAGGACCAGGGAAAGGUUGAGGCGGCGUUGAAGGGGUUGAGUCAGGAGUUCAAGGAGAAGUGUAGUUUGGCUAUGGAGAAGGAGGGGAAGGUCGAAGUGCCGGUGGAAGGUGUAGAGGGUGGGAAGGUCGAGCUCGACAAGGAUAUUGUCAGUUUUGUCAAGGAGACGAGGAUGGAGACGAUGCGGGAAUACACGCCCAACGUCAUCGAGCCUUCGUUCGGAGUUGGCAGGAUUUUGUAUAGUUUGAUGGAGCACUGCUACUGGACUCGGGAGAAGGAUGAGGCGAGAUCGGUCAUGUCCUUCAAACCCACCAUCGCCCCAAUCAAAGUCCUCCUCGUCCCGCUGCAAAAGGACUCCCGCUUCGCGCCCGUGCUGGCCGACCUCGAAGCGAAGCUUGACGACGCGCAGCUUUCUUUCAAGGUCGAUCAGAGUGGUGUUUCGAUCGGGAAGCGCUACUCGCGGAACGAUGAGUUGGGGAUCCCUUUCGGUAUCACCGUCGACUAUGAGAGUUUGGAGGGAAAGGGUGUUACGUUGCGGGAGAGGGAUAGUACAAAGCAGGUCCGCAGUUCGCUGGAGGAGAUUUUAGAUGCUGUUGUUGCUAUGUGCAAGGGAAAGGAGAACUGGGAGAGUGUGCAGAAGAGGUUGCCGGCUUUUGAGGGGAAGGUGGAGGAGGAGUAG